GAACGCCGGGGGUCGUCGGCUGGCAGCGUCGAGGGCGACCUCGGCAGCCUCAGCGCGCGCGUCGCGGCCCUGGAGGCGUCUCUGCAGCUGGCUGCAGCCGCCCCGCGGCCGAGGGACGUGCCAGCGGCAGACGACCUCCGGUGCUGGGGGGCCGCCUCGCGGGGCGAGCCGAAGGGCGGCGCGGCGCCGCCGGCGCGGGCCCCGCCGGCCGAGUCGGCGCGGGAAGAGGAGCUGCGCGGGGAGGCGGCCGCAGGAGGCGCCGCCCGCUCGCUGGCCGACUCGCGGUCGUGGGAGGAUCUCCUGCGGCGGGAGCGGGACUUGAGGCUAGCUGCCGAGGCGCGGGUGCGCCAGCUGGAGGAGCUCGCCUCGGCGGUCGGCGCCGAGCUGCGGGCC